UGGUAUAUUUGUUUGGCCUGGCCUGCUCUGCCAUUGCCAUUUUUAAAAAAAAAAAUCUUCAGCCUCUGCUAUAAAUCUGCUAUAAUGGACAGGCAGGUGAGCCUUACCAGGACGGAAAUGUUCUCUUUCGUCAAUCCUUGGAUUCGGUACUUCCUGUUCUUCUUCAGCUUUUUAUUCUGGGUGUUUUCUCUUCUCAUUGUAGCUAUUGGAGUAUAUGCCAAAGUUCAGAAAGCAACCGACGCAGUGCGUGACACGUUCCUUAUUGAUCCUGCUGUGUUUCUCAUUGUGGUCGGGGUGGUCAUGUUCUUCAUCACCUUCUGCGGAUGCAUCGGAGCUCUGCGAGAAAACAUUCGGCUCCUUAAAAUUUUCUCAUUUAGUCUUACCUUGGUCUUUCUAACCCAAAUGGUCAUUGCAAUCCUGGGCUUCUUCUACUCUGACCAGACACGCGAUGCUCUGGGGAAAUUCGUGAAAAAGGCCAUUGUGCACUAUCGAGAUGACCUGGACCUUCAAAACCUAAUGGACUACAUCCAAAAAGAGUUCAAAUGCUGUGGCUGGAACAACUACACCGACUGGUCCUGGAACCUCUACUUCAACUGCACCCCGUCAAACCCCAGCACUGAGAGAUGUGCGGUUCCCUUCUCAUGCUGCACUCCUCUACCAGGAGAGACUGUGAUCAACACCAUGUGUGGUUUUGGGGUUCAAACACAAAACCACCUGGACACCACUAAAUCCAUCUAUCCGGUGGGCUGUGCAGACAGAGCUGUAAUAUGGAUUGAAUCUCACCUGCUGUUAGUUGGGGCGCUCACGCUGGGUCUCGCUUUACCACAGAUUGUAGGCAUCGUUCUGUCUCUGAUCCUCAUUUCUGAGAUCCAGAAAGAGAUCGGAUCCAUCAUGUAGAAGCAGCAGACAAUCACCUGCAGUGCCGCCAAACUCU